AUGGACGUGGCUGACGCCCCACGUGUGGAGUGGGCGCUAAAGAUGGAUAUAUCCACCCCCGCUUUCGACAUAAUCCACUUCACCCAACGAGCCAGAGUCGUGCUGGAUACAGGGGUCACUGGGCACAACAGUGGGUUAGACGGAAAACUUGGGUACGAGACUGAGCGUAUGGCCGUCUUCGUCCUUCUGGAGAUAUUGAAUGUCACCCCAUCCGGGGUGAAGGAUCUCGCAUCAUGGUCCAGGGCACGUACCUCCGAGACUCGUUUACAUGAAAUGAGGCAGAACAGGCAUACCAAUUUGGCAGAGAGUUGUUGCAAGGUGAGGUGCGAGUUGGGUGGCCAGGAAGAAAACAGUGAUAGGACGCAGGUGACGUCCCAUGUGGCUGUGUAUCGAGGUCUGGGGGGACGCGAGAGGCGAGAACCUUUGAGUAAUCAUCACUUUUUAACAGCAUGUUGGAUUCUGGCGAUGUUCUUCAUGGACGUCUUUAUUGAUUCUGUUGAAUCAGUUGAUGAAGAGAUUGAAAUAGCUGAAAAACGUUUCCCAAUAGACUGUGAUAAACUUCCUAAAGGCAGUCAAAGUGGGGUGUAUGUGAUCAAGCCUAGUUCUUCACCUCCCCUGGUGGUUUUCUGUGAAAUUGAUGAUGAAGGCAAUCGUUGGACUGUAUUGCAGAGGAACACCCUGAAAACUGAAAUCACUUGGUAUGAGUCCUGGACAACCUACAAGUAUGGCUUUGGCAACGUGCUGCAAGAUCACUGGCUGGGCAAUGAGUACAUCCAUUUGUUGACUGCCCAACGCCCCUAUAUGGUGCGCUUUGUGAUGGUUGACAAGAAUGAUAAGGAAUUUUAUGCUGACUAUGAUAUCUUCAGCAUUGACCAAGAGGUCAACGGAUAUACCCUUCGCCUGGGAAGAUACUCAGGCACAGCUCCAGACUUUCUUACCACUUUCGACUCAGGAAAUGUGCAUGACAAUAUGAAGUUCUCCACCAAAGAUAAGGAUCAGGACCGGAGCAGUUCACACUGCGCCUCCAGUUAUGGAGGAUGGUGGUUCGAUAACUGCCAGCUUGUUCACCUGAAUGCCAAAGGCUACAUCUUGUGGAAGAGUAUCUGCAGUGGUGACUGUACUAAGUCCAAGAUUAUGGUCAAACCCACAGGUAUCUGCUGA